AUGGUCAAGACCGUGGAAGACUGUGUGGAGCGCGCGGAGAAAGUGGGCUUUCCCAUCAUGGUGAAGGCCUCGGAAGGAGGCGGAGGCAAAGGUAUCCGCAAGGCAACCAACAUGGAGGAGCUGAAGGUGGCCUUCACCAACGUUGCCACGGAGGUCCCUGGCUCUCCGAUCUUCCUUAUGCAGAUGGUCUCGAAGGCACGCCACCUUGAAAUCCAGAUUCUGGGUGACGAGUACGGCAACACCCUGGCGUUGAAUGGUCGCGACUGCUCGACACAGCGCAGAUUUCAGAAGAUUUUCGAGGAGGGGCCUCCGGUGAUUGCCAGGCCCGAAGUGUUCCACGAAAUGGAGCGUGCGGCCAUGCGCCUGACCGCCUUGGUGGGCUAUCGAGGUGCAGGAACGGUCGAGUACCUGUACAGCCCUGAGACGCACACGUUCUGCUUCUUGGAGCUGAACCCCCGACUUCAGGUGGAGCACCCUGUCACUGAGUCCAUCACGGGCGUGAACAUGCCAGCGACGCAGCUCCAGAUUGCCAUGGGCAUUGCGCUCCACAACAUUCCGGACAUCCGGAGGUUCUACGGCUACGACCCGUCCGAGUGCUCCAAGAUCGACUUCUUCGCCGUCGACUACCCGCCCAUUACCACGCACUGCUGCGCCUCCCGCAUCACGGCCGAGAAUCCGGACGAGGGCUUCAAGCCCACCAGCGGCAAGAUCAACAGCGUGAGGUUCCAGUCCGCUGGCGACUGCUGGGGCUACUUCAGCGUCGGCCUCAAGGGCGGCAUUCACGAGUUCGCCGACUCCCAGUUCGGGCACAUCUUCGCCAAGGGCCCGGAUCGCGAAGCGGCGAGGAAGAGCUUGCGCUUUGCGCUCAUGAACCUUGAUAUCUCCGGAGACAUCCGCCAUCCCGUGGACUACCUGGUGGACCUGCUUGAAACCAAGUCAUACAAGGAGAACACGAUUGACACCAUGUGGCUAGAUGGGCUGAUUGCCAGCAAGGCCAUCGCGCCCAGCACGGGCGUCAUGGACGUUGUCUUCUACGCGGCCGUCUACCGUGCCUUUAGCAUGGUCAAGACGCGCACGCAGGAUGCAAUUGCCUCCAUGCAGAAGGGCCAGCUGGUGCUGCUGGGGAAGAGUGACACGGACGCGCUGGUCAGCUUCCCGGUCGAGAUCACCUACGACGAGAAGAAAUUCUCCUUCCAGGUCUCGAGGAAGCGAUCCGACCUGUAUGCCUUCACCAUCAACAACAAGACUCUCACUGCCAAGGUGCGCGAGCAGCCGGACGGCUCUUUGUACGUGAGCAUCGGCAACAUCAGCCAGCAGGUGAAGGGCCAGGAGGAGGCGCUGGGACUCCGCCUGAUCAUCGGUGCGCAGACCAUCAUGGUGCCGACGGUCUACGAUCCCUCGGAGCUCCGCUCGGACGUCAACGGCAAGGUGGUGCGCUACUUGCAUGACGAGGGCACCGAGAUUCAGAAAGGCGAGGCGUACAUUGAGCUGGAGGCCAUGAAGAUGAUUAUGGCCUUGAAGUCCGGCGAGACCGGCAAGGUCUCUCACACGCUGAGCCCCGGCAGCAUCGUCUCUGCUGGAGAGCUGCUGGCCAAGUUGGAGCUGAAAGACCCCUCGAAGGUGAAGAAGAUCUCACCCUUUGAAGGCGAGUUUGACAUGAGCGCCAAGCCAGAGCAGGAUGCCUCAACUCCCAGGGAGGACCUUUUGGCGCUCCUGGACGGCUUCUACGUGGACACGAAAGGGCCGGCGCUGGUGGAGUCAGUGUUCUCAGGCUUUGCCAACCGCGAGGCCGCGGCUGAGACUGUCCGCGGAGUGCUGGAGAAGUAUCUCUUCAACGAGCGGCCGUUCGCGGCCUCUAUCCAGAACAAGCAGCCGUACGACAAGCUCUUGCUGGACUUGAUCAACGAAGGGAAGGAGUCCCCAGAGAAGGUGCUCUUCAUGGUGGCUGCCCACAACAAGCUGGCCGACCGCAGUGAGGCAGUCAUGGCCGUGCUGCGUGAGAUGGUUGCCGCCGAGGGCAGCGGCAUGUCCUGCAUGUACGUCCCGGACAUGCGCGUGGAAGGGGACAUGGACGGCGCCGUCCAGGAGAAGAUCGUCGAGCUAUCGCAGUUGCCAAGCUCCGCUGCAGUGGCUGGCGACUAUGGCAAUGUGCGCUACCUGGCGCAGCAGCUGCUUGACGUUGUCCCCCAAGAGUCCUACGAGGAGCGUGUCAAGAACUUCCGGGAGCAACUCAGCCAGGUCAGCGACAAGGCGCUGGAACUCCACAGCCCGGAGGAGCUCCCUGGGGCUGUCGACGGCGGAUUGGAGAUGGAGCUCUUGGUGGAAGCGCUCAGCGACAGCGACGCCAAGCUCCAGAAGAAGGCCAUGCAUGCCUACCUAUCCUGGCUCACGGCGCCCAGCCGAUUGACCAAGGUCGACAUUUCUCAGGCCGGGCCUGUGAAGACCGCCGUUUGGACCCAGUUUUUCCCGGUGAGCGCAGAUCAGGUGCACAACCGCCAUGGUUUGCUGGCCGUCGUGGACGACUUGCAGAAGUUGGAGCUGGACGACAAGCUCCUGGGCGCUCUGACUGCUUUGCAUAGCAGCAGCAAGGAAACGGUGCCCAUCAACUUCCUCCACAUUGUUGCGGGCCGCGACGCCUUCCCCGGGGUCACGGACCGAACCCUGUUCUACAACACAGACUCGGAGCUGGAGAAGGUCAUGAAGCAGUGCCAGGAGAUGUUCGCGCGCAAGGCGGAGCUUCUGAAGUCGGCCGGUGUCGGAGAGAUCUGCGUGGCACUGCCGCAGCCGCCCCGGCACCCGCGCUUCGCCAAGUUCAGCCUGGAUCCCACCACCGAGGAGUGGACGGAGGGCGAGAUUGGCCGCGACCUGUGGCCCUCCUUCGCAGGACUCCUGGAGCUGGGAACGCUCCAGCGCCUCUAUACCCUGCAGCGCAUCCACAAGGAGGUCCGGCCGACGUCCCACAUCUACCUCGCCACCCCUCCGCUGACGGGUGGCAAGGUUCCGACGUCGGAGCUUCUCAUGCGGGCGUUGUUCCUGUCCCGCGUGGAUAAGGACUCUUUCAGUGGAAGCUUGACGGACAGCCUGGACGUGGCCUUCGAGGAGGUGGAGCACGCCAUGCUGGAUCCUCGUGUGGCCAAGUUCGGUCCCUCCAUCACCAGCCGCAUCUUUGUGCACUUCGUCAGCGAGCUGGACAUGGAGCUCGGAGAGCUCGAGCAGCGCUUCACUGACACCAUCAGCAGCCAUGUCGGGCAUCGCGGAUCUGAGGUGAUCAAGCUCUGCAUCGACGAGAUCGAGUUGAAGGUGCACCGCCGCGCAGGCAGUGUCAUCGAGACGCUGCGCCUCUCGCUGUCUUCCUUGGGUGGUGGCUUCCUGAAGCCGAAGAUGCUCCGCGAGUUCCCAGACCCGGUGACCGGCUACCCGCUUCGGUGGGAGGCCGCCAAGGAAGGGGCGGCCAUCAGCCCGUCCGACCAUCCGCAUGUGGCCGACCAGGCCGAGCUCUCGCGCUACCAGGCCAAGCGAGUCGCAGCGCGCCGGGCCGGCUCCACCUACGCCUUUGACCUGCCGGGUAUGCUCAAGCUGGCGCUGACCAUGAAGUGGAUCGCUGCCACCAGCAGCUCAUCAAAGCGGCCAUCCUCGCCGAACACGCGAGGCGAAGGACGAAACGCCCGAAGGCGCAGUCCCUCUCCUCGUUCUGGGCGUGGCGCUCCGACGGUGCCAUCGCAGGUACCUGAGAACAUGCCCAAGGACCCCGUCGUCGCCGUGGAGCUGGUUAUGGACUGGGCCAAGAUGGAGCUGGUUGAGAGCGCUCGAGCGGAAGGUGCGAACGACGUGGGCAUGUUGGCCUGGAAGCUCACGAUGAAGACCCCGGAGUACCCCGAAGGCCGACAGGUCAUCCUCAUCGCCAACGACGUGACCUUCCAGGCGGGCUCCUUCGGCGUCAAGGAAGAUCAGUUCUUCCAGAAGGCGUCGGAGUUGGCCCGAAAGCUUGGCCUUCCGCGCGUCUAUGUGUCCUGCAACAGCGGCGCCCGUGUGGGUCUCGUGGAGGAGCUGAAGCCCCUCUACAAGGUGCAGUGGCUGGACGCCAACGACUGCAGCAAAGGCUUCGAGUACCUCUACCUGACCAAGGCGGACUACGACAAGCUUCCUGCAGGAACGGUCGAGGCCCACAAGGUCUCGGAGGGCGGUGAGGAGCGAUACGUGCUGGAUGCCAUCAUCGGCGAGGGCCAGAAGAGCACCCAGGGCGGCAUCGGCGUGGAGAACUUGCAGGGAAGUGGGCUGAUCGCUGGUGAGACCAGCCGAGCCUACCAGGAGACGUUUACCCUGUCCUACAUCACGGGGCGCUCCGUGGGUAUUGGCGCCUACCUGAACCGUCUGGGCCAGCGAAACAUUCAGAUGGUCAGCAGCCCCAUGAUCCUCACGGGCUACGCUGCCCUCAACAAGCUCUUGGGCAAGAACGUCUACUCCUCGCAGGACCAGCUGGGCGGGCCGCAGAUUAUGGUGCCCAACGGCGUCACCCACCAGGUCGUGCGGGACGACCAGGAGGCCUACUUUGCUUGCACGAAUCGGAGAUACGGGGAUGUGGCACACUAUGGGGUUCCGGGCCAGCCGUCGGGCGCAGACCCCUGGGACCGUGAUGUGGAGUUUGGUGUCAUCGACCACGAGGGAGGCCGCAAGCGCGGCUUCUUCGACGCGGGAUCGUGGAUCGAGUACCUCGAGGCCUUCACGCCUCAGGGCAAGUGUUGUUUCCAAGAUGUUCGUGUGCGACAGGUGUGGUUCCCGGACAGUGCCUUUAAGACAGCCCAGGCGCUCAAGGUCAUCAUCUUCGCCAACUGGCGCGGCUUCUCCGGCGGUACUCGUGACAUGUACAACGAGAUCCUGAAGUUCGGAGCCAUGAUCGUGGAUGCGCUGGUCGAGUACGAGCAUCCCAUCUUCAUCUACAUCCCCAAGCAUGGCGAGCUCCGGGGUGGUGCUUGGGUGGUCAUCGAUCCAGCCAUCAACCCAGACAAGAUGGAGAUGUACGCCGAUGUGGACGCCCGCGGCGGCAUCCUUGAGCCACCAGGCAUUGUGGAGGUGAAGUACCGUGCGCCCCAGCAGGCGGAGUCGGGAAGCAACUGCUUGGGGACACCCAAAACGUAA